GUCAUUUUCCUCCAUGGCCUUGGCGACACGGGGCACAGCUGGGCCGAUGCUCUGUCCUCCAUCCGCCUCCCCUACGUGAAGUACAUCUGCCCUCACGCGCCCCGGAUCCCAGUGACCCUCAACAUGAAGAUGGUGAUGCCCUCCUGGUUUGACCUGAUGGGAUUGACUCCAGAUGCACCUGAGGAUGAGGCUGGGAUCAAGAAAGCUGCAGAAAACAUUAAAGCAAUCAUUGAGCACGAGAUGAAGAACGGGAUCCCCCCCAACCGCAUCAUCCUGGGGGGCUUCUCACAGGGCGGUGCCUUGUCGCUGUACACGGCUCUGACGUGCCAGCACCAGCUGGCCGGCAUCGUGGCGCUCAGCUGCUGGCUCCCGCUGCACAAGGCCUUCCCUCAGGCUCCCAGCCCAGCUCUGCACCCUGGGAGCCCCAAAGCUUCGUUUACACUCACGGAGCCACCGGCCCCGUUUCAAUGUCUUCUCUUGCUGCUACUCGUCCUUCCCUUUGGACUGGGGCUGGCUCGGGGAGGGGGGGUCCCUGCACCCCGGCUUUGGCUCCUGGUGCAGCUGGAAGGAGCAGCUUUGCUCCCAGCCAUCAUCUGAGCCCGGCUGCUGCUGUGCCCCUGCCUGUGUGCCCCCGGGGCUCUCCCUGUCCCCCCGUGUACAAUCACCUGUGGCUUUGUCCCCUCUGAGUGCUGGCAUCGUGCUGGGGCCCUGAAUGUCUCCUCUGGGGGGGCUCCUGGCUGACCCUCCCCUCCCACAGGGCCCAGGGCACGGCUGUGGAGCAGCUCUGCCCUCACCCCCUUUCCCUGGGCUGAGCCCCCCUCGGGGCUGAUCACGGCUUUUAGAGCACCCCCACAUUCCCCAGGCUGGCCCUGCUCCCCCUGCCCCGCCCCAGAGAGGUGAGGGCUGCCCUGGGGGCUCAGCCCCAGCAGCUCUGCCCCAGCCCUGCCCCUCCUGCCCGGGCUGUGCAAAGCAAUAACUGCCCUCUGCAGAGUGCAGCGUGGGGCCCACCCUGCCUGCCCUCUGGGCUUGGCCUUUCCAUUUCUGCUCCUUUGAGGAAGUGUGAAAGCAGCAGAGCUGCUGCUGGCACCGGGGGCAGCCCAGCUCUGCCCUG